AUGAUGUCCAUGAACAGCAAACAGCCGCACUUCGCCAUGCAUCCCUCUCUGCCCGAGCACAAGUACACCACCCUGCACUCCAGCUCGGAGGCUAUAAGGAGAGCCUGUCUACCAACUCCACAGCUGCAGAGUAACAUAUUCGCCAGUUUGGAUGAAACCCUGUUGGCCCGCGCCGAGGCUCUGGCGGCCGUGGACAUCGCCGUGUCCCAGGGCAAGACCCACCCGUUCAAACCCGACGCCACCUACCACACCAUGAGCACCGUGCCGUGCUCGUCCACUUCCACCGUGCCGCUGGCGCAUCACCACCACCACCAUCACCAUCACCACCACCAGAACAUGGAGCCGCCGGACAUCAUGGAGCACAUCGGCUCGCCGUCCCUCACCCUGAUGAGCAGCGCGCAUGACGGGGUCGGGGGAGGAGGCGGUGGCGGAGGCGGCGGCGGCGGAGGAGGACUCAUCUCCGCUUCUUCUGCACACCCGCACUCUCACAUGCACGGCUUGGGUCACCUGUCUCACCAGGCCGCCAUGAGCAUGAACUCGCCCCUCACCCACCACGGGCUGUUGCCUGGCCAUCACGGAGGGGGCCAAGGCGGCCCAGGGCUCACGAACCCCGGACUGUCCUCUAUCAACGACUCGGACACGGACCCAAGGGAGCUGGAAGCGUUCGCGGAGCGCUUCAAGCAGCGGAGGAUCAAGCUGGGGGUGACCCAGGCGGACGUGGGCAGCGCUCUGGCUAAUCUGAAAAUCCCCGGCGUGGGCUCACUGAGCCAAAGUACAAUUUGUCGGUUCGAGUCGUUAACUCUGUCCCACAACAACAUGAUCGCGCUCAAACCCAUCCUCCAGGCGUGGCUGGAGGAGGCCGAAGGGGCCCAAAGGGAGAAAAUGAGCAAACCGGACAUUUUCAACGGCGGGGAAAAGAAACGGAAGAGGACGUCGAUAGCCGCGCCGGAGAAGAGGUCGCUGGAGGCUUAUUUCGCCGUGCAGCCUCGACCGUCCUCCGAGAAAAUAGCGGCGAUCGCCGAAAAGUUGGACCUGAAAAAAAACGUGGUUCGAGUGUGGUUUUGUAACCAAAGACAAAAGCAGAAGAGGUUAAAAUUUUCUGCUGCGCACUGACCGGGAAAAAAAAGAGGAAAAAUAAUAAUUAAAAAAGUUAUGUGACUGAA